CCGCCGACGACGUGAAGGCGCCGAGCGUGUGAGCUGUUCAAGAUCAGCAGCUGUUGCCGUACAACCUCGGCUGUCCCACGGUAGUCACGACGCAUCGACUGACACGACUUGAGGACCUCAAGGCAAGUUUGUUCAGGCACCUCAUUGUCACUGGCCGCGCCGGCUGCCAACGCUCGGCUAGCGAUCACACGGCGCACAUCUCCCGGCUCGGCAGCACUGUAUGUAGAGCACAGACAGUCGGUCCCACUCGACAAAGUGCGUGAUCAGUGCCCAGGAUGAGCAACAAUAUCAAAGUCGUCUGUCGGUUUCGACCGCCCAAUGCAUUAGAACUGCGGGAAGCUGGCGGAGAGCCUAUCGUAUCGAUUGACCCCGAAGGUACAACGGUCAAGCUCAAGUCCCAAGAUGCGCUACGCGGCCCCGACGCGAACGGCUUCACGUUCGACAGAGCGUUCGAGAUGGACACGAAGCAAGAGGAAGUCUUUGAGUAUGGCGUGCGCGGCAUAGUCGAUGAUGUUCUGUCCGGCUUCAACGGCACCGUCUUUGCUUACGGACAGACCGGUUCGGGAAAGACGUACACCAUGAUGGGUACAGACAUCGAGGAUCCAAAGAUGAAAGGCCUCAUUCCUCGUAUCACCGAACAAAUCUUUGCUUCUAUCAUGGUCUCUCCCCCGCAUAUCGAAUACCUCGUCAAAUGUUCGUAUAUGGAGAUCUACAUGGAGCGCAUCCGAGAUCUACUUGCGCCCCAGAAUGACAACCUGUCCAUUCACGAGGACAAGGCGCGGGGAGUGUAUGUCAAGAACCUUUCGGUCCUCUACGUCGGCAGCGCGCCAGAAGUCUACGAGAUCAUGAAGCAAGGCGGCUUGACUCGGGCAGUCAGCGCAACGAAUAUGAAUGCAGAAAGCUCGAGAUCUCAUUCCAUCUUUGUCAUCAGCGUCAAUCAACGCAACACAGAGACAGGCUCCCAAAAGAAUGGCAAUCUCUACCUCGUCGAUCUUGCCGGUUCAGAGAAGGUCGGCAAGACAGGCGCAAGCGGACAGACACUAGAGGAGGCAAAGAAGAUCAACAAAUCCCUUUCUGCCUUGGGGAUGGUCAUCAAUGCCCUCACCGACGGCAAAUCCCAACAUAUCCCUUAUCGCGACUCGAAGCUCACGAGAAUCUUGCAAGAAUCUCUCGGUGGAAAUUCGAGAACGACUCUGAUCAUCAAUUGCUCGCCGAGCAUCUACAACGAAGCCGAGACUAUCUCGACGCUCAGGUUUGGCAUUCGAGCAAAGUCAAUCAAGAAUAAAGCCAGAGUCAAUGCCGAGCUUUCUCCAGCAGAGCUCAAAGCGCUCCUCAAGAAUGCCCAGCGGGAUAUUGCUCAAUAUCAGACCUACAUUGCACUCCUGGAGGCCGAGCUAUCCAUCUGGCGCGCGGGAGGUACAGUCGAUAAAGAAGCGUGGGCAACACUCGAGCGUGCCCGCUCGCAAGGACCAACGCUCGCUCUUGCCAGCACGGAUGUGCCCAGUACGCCCAACCGAUCGACGACGCCCAUUAAUCCUGCUGUUGGGUCUCUGCGUGAUCUAGAGAGUAGACCGCCAACUCCAACCACCGUGUCGCUCGAUCGUGACGAACGAGAAGAAUUCCUCAAGCGAGAGAACGACUUGCAAGAUCAAUUAGCAGAAAAGGAAUCGGCACUUGCGUCACAUGUGGAGCAAUUACGCACGGCCCAGGCCGACUUUGAGGCUUUGCGCGCUUCUGCUUCACGCGAUGCUCAGUCGGUCGGUGGCUUGUCCGCACUCGUCAACGACCUGAGAUCGCAGCUCGAGCGUCUAUCUCACGAGAAUCGGGAGGCCCAGAUCGUCGUCGAUGCGCUCAAGGAUCAGAACGCCGACACGACAGCAGAGCUUGAGGAUGCCAAGCGCCAGAUCUCCGAGCUCAGAAUGCAACAAAGCCGCGGUCUCGGGGGCGACAAGGAGAAGCAGAGAGCCGAGAAGAUGGCUGCUCUCAUGGGCCACUUUGACACAUCUUCAUCGACCGAGCAUGAGACGCAGAUCAGAGAAGCCCUGGAUCGACUCGACAAGUCUCUGGGUGCCCAGCUGCCACACGACAGCAGUGAUCUCGAUCUGCUGAGGCGGCAGAUCGAAGACGGCCAGUCUGCUCUUGCCUCACACGAAGAACGUCUACGCAACAGUCAAGCAGAAAAUGCGGCGCUCUCUCGAAGGAACGAGGAGCUUGAGCAUCGUCUGCGUUCGGCUGGGCAAGGCUACAAAGAUCUUGCAUCGAGUCAGAUGCCUAAAGACGAAAUGGCCACUGCCCAGCAGUUCGGUUCGGACGAGGAGGCCCUGCAGCACCAAAGGGCAUCUGAGCAAGACCUCGUGGACCUUCGCGCUGAUCUGGCCACGAAAUCGGCGGAAAUUGAAGCCCUGAAUGCGAGCAAUGGCUCGCUGCGUUCGACGCUCGAAGAAACAAAGCGUGCGUUUGCGAUCACGACGGCGGGCAUCGAAGGCAGCAAAGAUCUCAUGGAACGCGCUCGCGAUAUGGAGCGCAUUCGCAAGACGAUGGUCACACAGCUUGCAGACUUUGACAAGAUGAAGAAAUCGCUGACUAAGGAUCUGCAAGAUCGAUGCGAAAAGGUGGUCGAGUUGGAGAUCUCCUUGGACGAGACGCGCGAGCAAUACAAUGCUGUGAUCCGCAAUGGCAAUAGUCGACUACAGCAACGCAAGAUGGACUUCCUCACACGCAAUCUCGACCAGCUCACUCUGGUGCAGCGACAGCUCGUCGAGCAGAACGCUUCUCUUAAGAAGGACGUCAGCGUGGCCGAGCGGAAGCUCACAGCGCGCAAUGAGCGCAUUCAGAACCUCGAGCAACUCCUCGCAAACGCUCAAGACAGCCUUGCAGCCCAAAAUACAAAGUACAAUUCUCAGCUACAAGCGCUUCACGACCGGAUCGAAUACGAGCGCGCGCUGAGUACACGAUCGAGUCCUCAAGCCGUCAACGCCGCAUCGGCUGCAAGUGCGCUACAAUUUGGACGUGUCGCCCGACCGCUGCGAGGGGCGGGCAGCGCGACUGCCGAGACGGCGCCAUCACCGCUCAAUGCUUCACUGGCAGCCACGAAUACAGUUCGCUUGUUUGGCUCGCUCGACCCCUGCAAACUUUCAUUUCGGUCGUCUCAGCAUGGCUCUGACUCAAAGGACAAGCAGCCCUUGACAAUCUCACUCGCUCACGCUAUCAAAGUCAAACGUCUCUUCGAGCGAAGUUCAAUGUCAGCGAUGGCAAGCAUGUCAUCCGCACAUACCGCAGCUACUCGACUCAGCGACCAAGGCUCGCCAACCAUCAGACCGAGUCAAGCAGGCGCGUGCGGUCAGACGCUCGAUCAAAGCUACGUGCCGACAGAUUCGGAUGAUGCCAAGUGGUCAGACUUGCUACGACACGCUACAGACUCGGUCAAUGAGGAGCAGCACGUCAGCCGCCUGCAAGCCUCGCGUGCUCGAAGUCUCACCAAUGUCGCUGCUGCCGUCGCUGCUGCUGCUGCCGCCGCUGCUGCCAAUGCAAUCACGCACGAUCAUGCCCAUCCGAGCCAUGAUCCUCUCGCUCCGAGGAGAUCGUCCGCUGUGACGUUCUCGACGACGUCGGAUCAUGCGACUGGCACGCCCUCGUCAGAUCACUCGCUCGCAAGUCAAGCCCAUACGCUCGACAACAAGCCCGUCGGACAGCCCGAUGAGGCUCAGGACAUGAGUCAGACCAUCUGGGGUCGUGCUUGGGCAGGCUCAAUUGCACAGGAUCGCUCGCUGCCAAGUUCGCCAGGCGCCAGACGUGCUUUUGCGCGUGCAAUCGGACGAGACGAUCAAGGCUUCUUGCGAUCUACCAACUCGACAGAGAGCCUGUCGACGCUCGCUGCUCGUCGUCAAGACGCUCUCCGUAAGCUGCCCAAGCACGCUGCCUCGUACAGCAUCGAGCCUCGCAAUCGAUUGGAUGAGCUUGCCGUGUCUGACGAGCUGCGAUCAGACUCAAGCGCCUGGCCUGACCUGGCUUAUAGCGAGCCUCCCUCCCACGUCAGACCGUCACCCUCGGCAGCGAGCCUCACGAGCUUGUAUGGCUCGAGUACGCCAACGACGCCCGCAAGCUCACCUGCGACUGCCAAGCUCGAGCUCGCGGCGGCAACGGAGCAUCAGACACUUGUCAGCGAGCUCCUGUCGCCCCGAAGCCCUCGAGCUCGGCUGCACAUGUCUCAUCAAGAUAAGACCGUCGUACACUCGCCCAGCUCGAAUGGACUCCGUCACGCUGCCGUUGCCGCCAAACAAGCCAGCCCGCUCACCAUCCGACGACACCGUAGCCUGCUGGCCGAUCCACACGAGGACGGCUCGCCCUCACAAGCUGCUUCAGAUUUGUCUACGAUCAACGACAGCUUCGACAGCAACGGACGUGGCAGCGCUGACGACCACCGACGCCGUCGCUCAUUCGCGCCUCCUCCAUCCAGCCACGCUUCCUCACCUCUCUCGUGCUCGAGCAGAGGUGUCUCCGUGCCCGAGACGCUCGCGUACGAUGCCCUCUAUGGCUCCUCGCCCCGCGACUCGGUCGUCAGGUCGCCUGGACAGCAGCGCGAAGUUAAGCACGCUCAGGCUCAGGCUCAGGCACAGCAGGCGCCUUACAUGAGCUGGUCAGGCGCAAACAUUGAAGGCCAAGAUGCGGCGCUUGCUCGACAGUUCCAGCAGAUGCGUGCCUCGCCUCGUCACGCGACUUUGCCACUCGAAGGCGAGGUUGAUCUCUCGCCGCGCUGGUCGCCCUCGUAUGAUCCUCGCUCUCUGCCACCUGCUACCGCAGUCUGGUCUCUGCCGCCCUCACCGCGACCCACGCCGGAUCAAGCGCUUUAUAUGUCUGCCGGUCAAGUCGUAGGUCCCCUGCCUGGCUUGGCCAAUCUGCAAGCAGGCUAUGCAGCGAUGCCAUAUGCUGCGGGCAUAUUGGACCAACAACAGGCCUACGGACCGCAGAUCUUCACAAAGCUAGACUUGUUGCCCCAGCAAGUCGCGCAGACUCAUGUGGACUUGACGACUGCCAUCCAGUCCGAUCGUCAGUUCCAGCCUAUGUACGCCCAAGUUCUGCACAAUUACAGCCACGCUCUCGCAAAGCCAGCCUCGCCUAAUCAGUAUCGUGCCUCGCCACCGGCUAUUGAGCAUCAUGCCAUCGACCGCCUUCAGAGUGACCGCCGCACAGAGUGGCGACUGCAGGACGUCAAAGGCCAGCUCGUCGCAUUCAGCCGCGAUCAGGUCGGAUCACGAUGGAUUCAGGCCAAGUUCGUUGACGCAUCGUCCGCGGAUCGGCUCGCCGUCUUUAACGAGCUCAGCCCUGCCUUGCUCGAGCUGAGCCAGGAUUGCUUCUCGAACUAUUGCUGCCAGCAGCUCUUUGCCCAUGGAACACCGGCACAACGAGCAGAGCUUGUCGGCCGACUCAAGGGUCACGUGCUGCAUCUCUCUCUCAGUCUCUAUGGCUGCCGUGUCAUACAAAAGGCGAUAGAGCAUUGUACACUCGAUCUACAGCUUACCAUCAUGAACGAGCUCCGCGAGCACAUCAUCAGAUGCUCCAAAGAUCUCAACGCGAACCACUGCAUCCAACGUAUCCUCUGCGACGUGCCUGAACAGCAUACGACCUUUAUCGCAGAUGCGUGCCGUGGCCAUGUUGCGCGUCUGGCAACGAACAGCUACGCCUGUCGCGUCAUACAGCGACUCUUUGAGAAUGCUCGUCCGCAGACUCUUCGACCAUUGCUAGAGGAAGCGCUGAACCACUGUAACGCUCUGAUGAACGAUCAAUUUGGUAAUUAUGUCAUACAACAUAUCGUCGAAAAGGGCCAGGACUGUGACCGCAAACGUGUGAUCGCAAGUCUCAAGGGCAAGCUGCUCUCGCACUGCAUGUCAAAGUACGCAAGCAACGUCGUCGAACGCUGCGUCAUGCGUGCUACCGACAAGGAUCUCCAGUGGCUCGUCAAAGAGUCCCUAGACCCUCUGCCUGAUGGCAACUCGCCCAUUGCUAUCAUGCUCGGUGACAUGUUCGCCAACUAUGCGCUGGGAACAAUGCUCAAGACUGUCCGACAUGAGCCAACUCGCUCACAGCUAUGGGAAGAGACUCGUCAUCAGCUCCAAUGCGUCAGACAGCGCGGUGCGACCAAGCAUGUCAAUGCCAUCGAGAAGCUGCUCGAUGCAGCUUGAAUGUCACACAGGUCGAUACAAGGACUGGAAUGUUUACAACGACAACGGACGUAUCUACAGGUUGUGCUGGUGUCAUUGCAACUCAGCGGGUAAUCGCUUGUGGUAGAGAUUGCUCUGCAGAACGAGCAAGAGUCCCUCGAGAGGAAUGGUCAUGCCUUCAUGACACCACUGCGGGAACUUGGACCUUUGCACGCCUAGCCAUUCGAGAGGCGGCGUAGCGUCCCCUAGUAGAUUGAGCUUAGGCUGAUUGAUAACGUUCUCUCGCGCUAUGAGCGUAAGUGGCUCAACAGUAACAGGAAGUGGCUCGUCUGGCUUUCCUCGAUCUGUGAUAGUACCGG